UGUGACUCCGCCCACAGGGGGCGGGGCGGGUGUACGGCAGAUAAUAGGGGUCGCAGCUUAUCCGCCGCUUUCACUUUUGACAGCGCUGUGAGCACGUGACUAUAAGAUGGCGGCGUCCUGGGGAAGGUUACUGGGUGCGGGGGUGCUCCGCGCUGUGGCUCCAGCCGCCCGCUCCGCUCUCCAUAGAACUGGCACUCGGGUCACAUGUUCUGCUCCAAGGCUGAAUUUCAGCACUGGUUUGGCGCGGUUCCUCCCAGCCGUCACCCAGCAGGCUCCUCAUUUCCAGGGGACGGCCGUAGUCAAUGGGGAAUUCAAGGACCUGAACCUGGACCACUUCAAGGGCAAAUACCUGGUGCUGUUCUUCUACCCGCUGGACUUCACCUUUGUCUGUCCCACCGAGAUCGUGGCUUUUAGUGACAAGGCCAACGAGUUCCAUGACGUGAACUGUGAGGUGGUCGCAGUCUCUGUGGACUCUCAUUUCUGUCACUUGGCCUGGACCAACACCCCCCGCAAGACUGGAGGUCUGGGACACAUGAACAUCCCGCUGCUGUCAGACCUAACCAAGCAGAUAUCCCAUGACUAUGGAGUCCUCCUAGAGACCCCAGGGAUCGCUCUGAGGGGGCUUUUUAUCAUUGAUCCUAAUGGGAUCGUGCGGCACAUGAGCGUGAACGAUCUUCCUGUGGGGAGGAGCGUGGAGGAGACGCUGCGAUUGGUCAAAGCCUUCCAGUAUGUGGAGACCCAUGGGGAGGUCUGUCCGGCCAACUGGACCCCUCACUCCCCCACGAUUAAACCAAAUCCAGAAGGAUCUAAAGAAUACUUUGAUAAAGUAAACUAAGGGUGCGGGGAGAGCGGAGCCCCUGGCCGCGGAGCGGACGUCUGUGCAGAUUAUGUGAUAGGAUUAAAAUGACUCUGUCAGAUGAGUCUUGUAUCAUG